UACAUCACUAAGAUGGUGACAAAGGUUGUCCCUGACUUCGCUCCCUCUCGCCAGAGCCGCUCACAGCUCUUCCAGAAGGACACCACUGAGAGAAUCCUGGACCAGGGACCCCCUCAGUGGGAAAAGGGAAUCCGGAGUCACAAGGAGGCUCCCACCACUGGGACGGCGAACCUGCGUGUCCGCGGAUGGUCGACACCUUGAAUCGGCACGAUGGAAAGAGGCCUGAAGAAUGUCCUUGUGGUUUCUUUUGGAUUUCUGCUUCUCUUCACGGCCUACGGGGGUCUGCAGAGUCUGCAGAGCAGCCUGUACAGCGAGGAGGGGCUGGGCGUGACGGCGCUCAGCACGCUGUACGGCGGGAUGCUCCUGUCCUCCAUGCUCCUCCCACCGCUCCUGAUUAAGAAGUUCGGCUGCAAGUGGACCAUCGUCAUCUCCAUGUGCUGCUACGUGGCCUUCUCCCUGGGCAACUUCUACGCCACCUGGUACACCCUGAUCCCCACCUCCGUCCUGCUGGGUCUGGGGGCGGCCCCGCUGUGGUCUGCUCAGUGCACGUACCUCACCAUCAUGGGAAACACACAUGCGGAGAAGGCGGGGAAGGUUGGCAGAGACGUGGUGAACCAGUAUUUUGGCAUCUUCUUUCUCAUCUUCCAGUCGUCCGGUGUGUGGGGCAACCUCAUCUCGUCUCUGGUGUUUGGCCAGACACCCACUCAAGGGACCAUCCCAGAGGAGCAGCUCCUGUCCUGUGGGGCCAGCGACUGCCUGAUGGCCACGGCGCCCACCAACAGCACCCAGCGCCCCUCACAGACGCUGGUCUACACCCUGCUGGGCAUCUACAUGGGUACGUGCUCACGCGGGCCGAGUCCCAGGAAAGCACUCCGAACCCCGUGUGGAAAAAGAGCAUCCUCCCGAAGUAUAGAUCCUGUAAAGUUUGCUCAGCUGGACCGCACCCGGGCAUUUUCCACGGCGACUGUGACUAAGAGGUGGUACCGAGCGGGUCUCGAAGGACGAGAGAAUCUUACCGGGCAGAGGUGGAGAGGGGAGAGCUACAGGCAGAGAAGCCCAGAGGCGCUGGUGAGGCUGGAGGACAAGGAGCCACAGACAUCCUACACCACCUGCGCCCUGGGGAUCCAGUUCGUGGGCUACGUGAUGAUCUGCUUCUCGGCCAUCAACUCGCUGUGCUCCGUGCUGUAUGGAAGGAUCUCAAAGUUCACGGGCAGAGCCGCCCUCUACGCGCUGGGUGCGGUGGUCCACCUGUCCUGCAUAGUCGCCCUCCUGCUGUGGAGGCCUCACCCCGGCCAGCUGGCCCUGUUCUUCGUAUUCCCUGGCCUCUGGGGCGUGUCCGACGCCGUCUGGCAGACACAGAACAACGCCCUCUUCGGCGUUCUGUUCGAGAAGAGCAAGGAGGCCGCCUUUGCCAGCUACCGGCUGUGGGAGGCGCUGGGCUUCGUCAUCGCCUUCGGGUUCAGCACGUUUCUGUGUGUCAGCGUCAAGCUCUACAUCCUGCUGGGGGUCCUGGGUGUGGCCAUGCUGGCCUACGGGACCGUGGAGUACCUGGAGGCCAGGCAGCCGGCCAGGCCAGAGCCAGCGGCGGGGGAGCAAGCAGACACGGCCAUGUGAGGCGCACGCGCGCCGAGACCCGGGACCCCGCGUCCGCAGGGGAGCGCCCCCCGAAGUGCCCCGACUUUAUCACUGGUUCUUCACAACCGUGGCUGCGAUACGGAGCCGUCCUGAAGACGCCACCCGGCCGCCCUGUUGUGUAUGAUUCUUUCCUGCUGUACUGCGCGUUCCGUCCGCCGCGUCUCUGGUAGAGGCCGAGAGGGAACGCGGAGGAAUCGCUGAUCUCAGACACGAAGGAGGAGAGUGGGGUGUGUCACCAGCCGGCAGGGGCCGCUCAGAUCGAAUAAACGACCUGCACUUGUGUGGUA